AUGAUACUCCCGACUCAACUCACCGUCCUGGCUGUUGCUGCCGCAGCGGUAUCCCCCGUCCUGGGCCGCGCCGCCGGAGGUGGCCUGAGGCACAGCAGUAUCGACGGGACACCCGUGAACAGCACGAAUUGCAACGGGAAGUCGUACUCUUACAACGAGCUAGCAGGCUACGGCAUCAUCCCCAGUAACGCGACGGAUAAGUUCGGGGACACCAUCGGCGGCAUCGGCAGCGCAAUCGCCUUGGACCAGAGCUCGUGGAAGAAGACCGAUGAUGGCCUGGGUUACGAAGGGCUGUUGUGGACGUCGCCGGAUAGAGGCUGGAACACGCAAGGAACUCUCAACUUCAUCAACCGCGUUCACAAGUUCCAUAUCACUUUAGUCCCUCAACCCAAUGCCACCAUCGACAGCCCAGCAUCGCCCAACCUCAAUUUCGACUACGUCGACACGAUCCUCUUGAGCGGACCCGAUGGGCAACCAACAACCGGCCUAGACGCAGACGGCUCGGGCGGUCUGGAAUACGAUGGGUUCCCACAACUACCUGCUGCAACAUACACCGGGGAUGGAUUCGGAGCCGACAUCACCAACGGGACCACUACUGAGCGUAUCUCCGUGGACAGCGAGGGCUUGGUCAUUAACGAUGAUGGGACUUUCUGGGUCAGUGACGAGUAUGGUCCGUACGUCUGGCUCUUCGACUCGAACGGGACCAUCAUCUCGGCCAUCAGGCCCCCAGAGGCCAUCAUACCGAAGAGGAACGGCUCUGAUUCUUUCUCGGCUGAUUCGCCGCCCGCAUAUGAGGAUGAUGGCUCCGGAGACGACGUGAUACCCGCUGACAACCCCACGGGGAGGAACAACAACCAUGGCUUCGAAGGUCUGUCCGCCUCUGCUGACGGCAGGACGCUCUACCUCUUACUGCAGGCCGCAGCCAACCAGGAAGGUGGUCUCUCAUCCCAAACCGAGCGAUAUACCCGCUUCCUAACCUACGACGUCUCGGACAGGCUGGCCCCAGCCUACACAUCUGAGCACGUUGUGCCUCUUCCCCUGUACAACGACUACACGGCCAAGGCCUCAAAGAACCCCAAGGUAGCUUCCCAGUCCGAGGUGCACGCGCUUCCCAACGGCCAGUUCCUAGUCCUGGCGAGGGACAGCGGCUUCGGCCACGGCCAGGACGAGUCCCUGUCCGUGUACCGCCACAUCGAUGUCUUCGACGUCGCCAACGCCACGGACAUCAAGGGCAGCGAGUACGACUGCGAGGAGUGCGCGGUCGCGAGCGCCAAGGGCAAACUAGACAAGGCGAUCAGCCCAGCGGCGUACUGCUCCUUCCUGGACUUCAACGUGAACAGCGAGCUGGGCAAAUUUGGCGUCCACAACGGGGGACACCAGGACAGUGGUCUGCUUAACGAAAAGUGGGAGUCGAUAGCACUUGCGCCGGUCGACCCUGAGAGCCACGGGGAGGACUACUUCAUAAUCAGCCUCAGCGACAACGACUUCAUUACCCAGGACGGGCGUCUCAACUUUGGGCAAUAUCAGUACGCUGACAAUAGCGGCUUCAACCUGGACACCCAAGCACUAGUCUUUAGGGUGACCCUGCCGUCCUAG